AUGCAGAGAAACAAAGCUGUGCCAAUGACAAGAAGCCUUCUUAUAAUUAUGGUUACCUUCACAUGCCUGAUAAGGAUGUAUGGUACUGUGUCUUUUCCAUUAUAUGCAGUUCUUCAAUGUGCCUUGGCUGGUUUGUUUGUUUUAUCUACAUCUAUCUACGGGGCAUUUAGGAUAAGGAAUGGCGAUAAAGAAAAUAAGUCUUAUAUGGAAAGAAUUGCGCGCUAUGAUGCUCUUGACGCUUCUAGAAAAAUGGAAAACCAGAUCUAA